AGGUGUGGAACCCGGCUACUCUCGGGGCGGACGGCGCAGCUGCUACGGAGCUCAGGCCGCGCGCUAGUCUUCCGGCCGGGUGCCGUCCCACGGGGUGGGCGGCGGAACGCGCUGUGCGCAGCCACUGGGCGUGGGGAGGGCGGGGUGGGCGCCGGAAGUGGCGUGUCGGCGAGGGCAGCUGCUUCCGGCGCCGGAACUGCUGUGGUCUCAGCGCGAUGGCUGCGUUCUUCCGUCAGGUCCUUGAUUGGCACCGCCUGGUCCCCCUAACCUGGGCCCGUGUGGUUAGAGAAUCUCCUCAACUUGGAGAAGGGAGAAAGAUGGCUGCUGCUUUGUUACAUAAACUGACUACAGCCUCUAGUGGAGGGGACCUUCAAGAGUUACCCUGUGUGGGACCAGUUAAGUAUAUGAAGGAACCAGCAUGCAGGAUGAACCUUGUUGAGAAACAGAGGACACCUGUGGAUGGAAGGUCCUUGGAUGUAGAGAAGGUUGCCAGUUCCCUCCUGGACAUGGGUUUCAGUGAUGCCCAUAUUAAUGAAUUGCUCAGUGUACAAUUUGGUGCCAACCCUCAACACUUGCUGGAUAUCAUUUCAGAGUUUAUACUUUUGGGUCUGAAUCCAGAGCCUGUGUAUGUGGCCUUGAAGAAAAGUCCCCAGUUAUUGAAACUGUCAGUAAUGCAUGUGAAGAAGCGCUCCAUAUACCUACGAAAGCUUGGACUUGGAGAAGGGAAAUUAAAGAGGGUGCUUCACAGUUACCCUGAAAUUUUCACCAUGCGUCAGCGGGACAUCGAUGAUAUUGUCCGGGUCCUCAAGGAGAAGUGCCUCUUCACAGCACAGCAAGUAACUGACACUUUGCACAGAUGCCCCGGUGUUCUUCGGGUGGACCCCAGUGAAUUGGAAUACAAAUUCCAGUAUGCGUACUUCAGGAUGGGAGUUAAGCAUCUGGAUAUAGUAAGGAGUCAGUUCUUACAGUACUCAAUAACCAAGAUUAAGCAGAGACACAUGUACUUGGAGCGCCUGGGACGGUACCAAACCCCUGAUAAGAAGGGGCAGACGCAGAUCUCCAACCCUUUACUGAAGGACAUCUUCAGAGUUUCAGAGGCUGAGUUUUUGGCCAGGACAGCCUAUUCUUCUUUUGAGGAGUUUGAAGUUUUUAAGAAGCUCCUGGCUCGGGAGGAAGACGAGAUGUCUGACAAUGGCAUGUCAGACGACGAAGGGGAGAGUCUGGACGAGGACGAGGAGGACGAGGAGGGGCAGCGGCUAUAAAGGAAGGACCGGGGCAGAAGGUCCCAGAGACAAGGGAUGUGUCCCUUCUCUCAGAGCUCUUGGGACCUCCACUUGGAUCUUUUUAAGUUAUGUUUCCUUCUAAAACCGGUCUUUUAACAUAAAAAUUAUUAUAAAUCACCUAAGAAGUAGACAGGUCACACCAGAUAGGUGUUACUUGCUCUGUUGCUGAGUACUACAGAUCUGUAGUAUCUGUAUCUGUCCUGUUCCAUCAUAAAGAAAAGACUUACUUGGAGCUAUUAAAAUCCAGCAGAUUCAAUGCA